UUUUUGGGGGCGGGGAUGAUGGGGAAGGAUUGGUAUGUAAAUUGCUUUGCCUUUAUAAUUUGUUUUAAGGUUAUGAUAGGGUUUGGAGUUGUCAGACAGUUCACAUUUCCACAUGACUUGCAGCUCCUGCAUCAGUGCAUUAACUUCCUAUGAAACUGGUGUAGUCACAGCUGAAGUUGGUCUCAUGGUCACAUUUCCUGUAGCACUUUGGUCGUGUAUUCGGUCAAGUGGAAGAAGCAGAUGGUAAAAGAGGCAGGGCCUUGAAAUUAGGUACUAGUUUAACCAGUGCACAGGACUCACUCUAUUUCACACCAAACGGCCGGGCUCAGCAUGUCUUUGACCGACACCAUCAAACUGUGGGAUGAAGGGAUCACUGCAGCAGACCGUCAGGAGUGGCUCACCGCACUGAACCUGUUCACCACUAUUCUUGAGCCCAGCUCUAAAAUCUGCUUCAACAUCGGCUGUCUGCACCUCCUCCGGGGGGAAUGGGGCCAGGCUGAAAAGGCAUUUGAUAAAAGCAUCUGCAGGGAUGAGCACUUGGCGGUUGCUUUCUUUCAACGUGGGAUAACUUUGUACAAAAAUGAAAAGUAUGAAGAGGCUUUGAGGGACUUUGUAGAAGCCUUUAAUCGUCUGAGAGGGAAUCAGUUGAUUGACUACAACCAGUUGGGCCUCCGGUACAAGCUGAGCUCUUGUCAAGUACUUCACAAUGUGGCGCUGGCACAUGCCAUGAUGCAGAACUGGGACAAAGCUGAAGAGGUCCUAAAGAAAGCUAUCACUUUUAAAACUGAGGCCAAGCCUAAUUAUGUGGAUCAAGCUCUGGAAGCUGUUUUGAAGCGGGAGCUGUUUCAACUCCUCGAGCUGCCAGCAGGAGAACUCUUCAGACCAAAGAGGAAAGUGGUGGCCCAACUGGAAAAGCAGGACUUCCUGGGAGAGGCCAAGGUGGUAGCAUCGAUCAUCGACAAAGAUGCAUUCUCUGGUUUCGCUCCCCUGCAGCCUCAGAUGCCGGACCAUACUCCUCAAAACAAAGCUCCAGAAAAAUUGAAGACUCUGGAAGGUGUACCUCACCGGGUGUUGUUUAACUUCCUCCCAAAUAAUAAACUAGAGCUGAAAGUAAAGAAUGGAAAUAUUGUCUUCUUGCUGGAGAAAGGAGAGGACAACUGGGCCAGAGUUACAUUCAACAAUGAGGUCGGUUUGGUUCCCUACAACUAUUUGGAGCCUUUGGAAGCUGAAAAGGGUGAAAAAUCCCCCCCUCCUGAUAUUCCAGCACCACCGACAUCAUCCGCUCCAGAAAGACCAGCCAGUGUUAAAGAAGGGAAUGUACACACCAAAACAAGCCGGCAGGUGACAGAACAUUCAAAAAAGAUUCAGACCAAAGAUCACUCGGUGCCUGUACCUUCCAUUGUGAAAGUGCAUUUCAAGUACACAGUAGCUAUCCGUGUAAAACCAGGCCUGUCGCACAAUGAGCUUCUGAUUGUCAUCAGUAAGAAGUUCCAAAUACCUGAGGAAAGACUUGGAUUGAGUUACAAGUCACAAGAGAGUGGGGAGCUCAUUCCCAUUACUAGUGAAGCCAAAAUGAAGAGUGCGUGGACUGAGAUAAAAAAUCACCGUUUGACUGUUUGGUGCAAGUUUCUGGAGGUAAAGGCACUGUAUGAUUAUGAAGGAUCUGUACCGGCUGAUCUGGACUUUCACGAAGGAGACAUCAUCCAAGUCUUAGCACAUGUAAACAACAACUGGCUGGAAGGUCAAUGCAAUGGAAAGACUGGUAUCUUCCCAGCAAAUUUUGUUAAAGAAUUAAGCAUGGCUGAUGUGAAGAAUUCGGGAAUGUAAAAGAAAUGCAAAUGUGUAUGCUGAUUUCUGAAGAGGUCCUUUUCUCCUCUGGUGAUACUAGAAUGACUAUCUACAGAUGAGAUGCUUCACUGCUUUGAAUUUUAACAAUUGUUUUCUCCAAACACUAGUUUGCUUUAAGAUUCAUGACUGCUGUCAAAAAUGGAUAAUGAAAGUGCUAUUUUCUUCAGGCUGUGUUUCAAGGCAAUAUGACUAGUUUGUGCCACUCGAAAUUGCAUUGAUGUACAUACUCCAGAUCUUCCUGAUGAUAAUAUUUUAACUGCUGGAAACCUCCUACUUUCCCAUAUUUGUUUUGAAUGCCCUAAGUCAAUGUCCUAAUUAUGAACAAGGAACCCUGGCCCAAUUGUUUGAGUGCUCCACUGAUCAUUUUCUCAAGUGUUCUAAGAUUACCUAUUAACAAUUUUGACUUUGGAUGAAUCAAAGCAAAUUCCAAAAUAUUUAGACUAAAUUUAUUUAAGGUACUGAAAAAUUGUAAGUUUAAAAAAUCCAUAGUGAAUCAGAUUAAUUGUUUUACUUCUCACUGCUAGAGUAGUUGUCUCUGUAAAAUAAGUAACCAUUUUACAGCAGCACCUUCCCUGAUCUUUAAAUGACUGACUUCAUUUGCAUGGUCAAAUUACUGUGUGACUGAAUUUCUAUUGCAGAAAUCCUACAAAUACAUAUCUUUUCUGUUAGCUAGGAGAUUAACAACAACAUAUAUAGACUUUGCAGGCUGGAACUGUAGAUUCUUAUGCAUUCUAUUUAUUGCCAGGUCCAUGUAAACAUGGUGAUAUUACACAUUUAAAACAGCUGCAUUCCUUCUUCUUGAAAUGGAUGUUGAGGGACUAAGUUGGCUGCUGAAAAGUCACCUGACUUUUGUAAUCACUAGGGCAGCACGGUGGCUCAGUGGUUAGCACUGCUGCCUCAAAGUACUA